CUCUAAUAUUCUUCAUCAGAAUUUCCCACCAAGAAGAAUCCACCACAAACAUCUUUUUCUUUACAUCCCCACAAGUUUCCCGCUCUUGAAUACCCUCCAAGGAACCAAACUAGUUACCAUAUAUACUUACAAAGAACAAGACCAUCACUAUUACUUCCACAAAGAUUUCAAGUCCAACAUGGGAAACUGCUUGUUAGGGGGCAUGUCAGAUCCUGAAACAGUGAUCAAAGUCACAACAUCAAAUGGUGGCAUCAUGGAAUUCUAUGCUCCAAUUACUGUGAGUUUCAUCACCAAUGAGUUCCCGGGGCAUGGCUUAUUCCCAAGCCAUGACCCAUUUUGCAAACCACUUGGCCAAUUUGAUGAGUUGGUGGCAGGACAGUCAUACUACUUGCUGCCACUUAACAACCAACUUGAACACCCUUCUGCCUCCGGCCACAUCGCCGGUGACAACCGCGCCAUCCGGCAAGGCCAUGUUCGUUCUCAUAGUGUUCCUACAACCCCCUACCCUCCACUAUAUAGAAUGUCCUUGGACUACCAACACCACCAAGGAGUUGGAUUUCUCAAGAAAACUUCCACAGAACCUUACUCUUGUAGGACUAGUACUAGUAAAAGCAGCAUUACUACUAGUAGUAAGAGCAGCAGGUUUUGGAAAGUGAAGCUUGUGAUAACUCCUCAACAGUUGAUGGACAUUUUGUCACAAGAGGCCAGAACCAAGGAGUUGAUAGAGAGUGUUAGGAUUGUGGCCAAAUGUGGGGUUGCUGCAGGUGGCAUUUUGCCUGCUUCUGCUGCAGCAAGCAUAGUGUCUGAUCAGUGGAGCCUUUCCAGCAGUGGUAGGAGUGCCUGUGAUUCGUCUAAGAUUGAUGCAUUGGUGGUAGAUAUUUAGCACAUUAGUAUAAUGCAUGAAAAAUAUUAGCAACCUGGUUUAACACACUCUCUGUCUCUACUCUUCUUAUUUGCUUAAUUGGCUCCUGUUUAUUGUCAUAUAUGUUCCUUUGGUGAUUUUGUUUUCUUGUAAAACUUCAGUUUAGACACUUUCUGUAAUAUCAUAUUGUAUAAUGCUAUGCAAUUAUCAACGUUAGUUG